AGCAGCGGCCACUUGCAGCAACAUAAUUUCAAAGUCGGAGCGUGGGAAUCGCAAAUCGCGGCAGUGGCAGCAACAGCAGCAACAUCGGACUCUCGGGGCUCUCCGGAACGCUCAGUGCGCUCCCCGUUCUCGCGCUGGCGUUGCUCCGCCUCGCUCGCACGGCAGGCGCCUCUCGCUCGCACCCGCUGGGGAGCAGUCGCGUAUAUUUGGAGGCGUUGGGGCGACCGCUCACGACAGUUGUGCUUGGAACGCUUCGGAGUGAAGAUCGUGCUCGUCCGAUCGGCGCGCGUGAUAAAUACACGGCAAACAAAAUUGAGUGAAGAGUCAGUCAGACGGUCGCGAGACAAUUGACAAGACACGAGAAAUCAUAAUAAACACAAGUGGGGAAGCAACUGCUUGGGAGCAAAAAAGAAAUUGUUUUUAACAAAUCUCGCACGUAAAUUAGCAAGCGUUCGCAAGAAACAAGCCGCAUACAAUACUGAACAGAAAAAAGAUAUUCAACCAAAAAGAGAAAAACAAACCGAAAAUAUUUGGCUGCAAAUGUGAAGAGACGAGAGACAGCGGAUAUAAGCCGAGUGAAAUUUGUGUCAUAAGCAGAGCCAAAACAAAACCGAAAAGCCAAAUUCAAUAAGAAGGCCAUAAGUGACUGUGAAACUGUAAAGUGAUGUGUGGUACUCGAAAAACAGCAUAAAGAAUGGCCAUAGACCUCCUGAUCCUGGCCCUGCUGCUCGUCUCGUUCCUGAUCAACCUGCUGGCGCUGUGUGCCUUUUGGAUAACGCCCGGCCUCAGGACCACCGCCAAUCGCUUCACCAUCAACCUGCUGGCCAUCAAUCUCAUCGGCUGCUGCAUCCUGGCCCCCACUUUGUUCCUGGGACUGCCGGGCAAGUCGGCGGAAGCAUCCACAUCCAACGCUGAGACCCUGGAGUUCUUCUCGAAGCCGGGUAACCAUCAGGUGAUACUCCGGCGCAAUGGCCAGCUGGUGGAGCAGGAUGGCGUGGUGGUGCGCAAGAAUAUCAGCGAGAACGGCGAUACGGUGGAGACCUUCUUCAAGUGCAACGCCACCUACUGUCGCGAGUUGACCAUCGAUGAGCGCGGAGAUGGUGGCUUUGUGAUCACGGAAACUGAGACCCACGAAGAGAACCUCUCGGCCUUUGAGAGUUCAACCACGGAGGCUCCUAUUGUGCCGCCCGUCCAGCUGCGAUGUUGGUCCAUAGACAUGACUGCUGCGCUGGGAGCUCUGGCAGUGCUGCUCGUGGUGGGGGACACCUGGUGCGCCGUUACCGAUCCCCUGCGCUACCACAGUCGCAUUUCGGGCGUGAAAACCUGGAUCUUCAUAGCGCUCACCUGGGUGGUGGGCAUACUCUUUGGAGCCCUUUCCGCCUUCCGCGUCCUGGACUUUGAGGCGGACGCCCUGUUCAGCAGACAGCGCCGCCUGGCAGUCACGUACUUCAACAUCAGCAGCACCAACAGUAUUUUCGGAGUGGUGUACGCCAGUGUCUACUUCAUCGUGAUCAUCCUGCUGCCCUUCGGCUUCGUGUGCGGCAUGUACUGGAGGAUAUUCAGUGAGGCGCGCGGAAAUGGGCUGCGCAUGCGCCAGAAUGGAUCAUCGCCGCUCCUGCAGAGCGCCUUGAAUCUGACCGCUGGCCAGCAGGUGGCCCAGGCCAAUCAGUUCUCCAAUAGCUUGUGUGUUCACCGACAUUCCAUAUCCUCGGCCAGCUCGCAUGGCGGUAACAGCAGCUUGGGCCUGGGCGGUCUGCAAAUGCAAAUUGAUCAGCGCCAACAGCCGAGGAGUUCGCCCAGCUGCCUGCGCAGGGAUUCGGCCGCGAAAGUCCUUCUGCCCACCAUCUCCGAUGAUGGUGGCUCAGAUGCGGAAAGCGGCACCGGAGUUCAGCUGAUGCCCGUGCAGGAGCACUCACUGUCUGAUAGAAAUCAGAAUAUUAUGCUGACUCUGCAAACAGCCAGUGGUGAGAUCAAGAGGAACUACUCCGCCAGGCAGCUGCCCCUGUUGGGCACUUCUUCGCAGGAUCUGAGGGAGACCAACCGUCUGCAGGGCAUUCGCCAGGUGCACAGCUCCCCCAAUCUGCACAAGUACACGGAGCUGCGCCAGGAUUCCCUCAGUGAGGAGUGCGGUUCCCCACAUCUUUUGGGUCACGCCCAGCGGCAGCAGCAGCAGCAGCUGCAUCUGCAACAUCAGCAGCAGCAGCAUCAUCACCACCAGCCACAUCACCCGCACUUCAGUUCGCCGCGCCACCAGCAACACGGCCACGCCCUCCAGAUACCCGCCAUACACGCCUCCCCCAAGGCCCUGAGCUACAUGAGCUCCUUGCGACACCGUCUGAGCAACGCCAGUUCGCUGUUUAAAUACCGCGAGGAGUCGCGAGCCGCCCGCAUCAGCAUCCUGGUGGUGGUGAUGUUUGUGGUCUCGUACCUGCCCUUCGGACUGCUGGUGCUCCUGCAAUCGCGGCUGUCGGCUGCCAAUUUUGGCGGAUCCUCCCAGCUGGCCAUCUUCAUGAUCCUGCUGGCCAAUCUCAGUUCGCCCUUCAUCUUCGCCUACAGGAAUAAGAGGGUGCGGCGAGGAGUCAAGCGGCUGUUUGGUCUGCACUCGUCGUCGGGUCUGCAGCGCAACUGCAGCAGCAGUGUGAAGACCAAUGGCACCGCGGGUCCUGCUGCGGGUGGUGCACAGUUGCAGCGCAACAGCAGCAAGCUGUCGCAGUACAGCAGCAACAGCUGCAGGUACCUCACCCCACAAAGCUCCCUGGUCGGUCAAGUGCCGGUGCACACGACCUUGACUUUGAGGCCCAACAGCAGCUGCAGCACCAUCAUCAAUUUCGGUGGCGCCAGGGGUUCAGCGGACUCCGAUGAGCAGCCACCGGCCACACCACCACCCACUGCAACCGCGCCACCGCCCACUCGACCACAGCGCCCCAAGCUGCAGAGGGGCAUCACCAUUGUGGAGCACAUAGCUAUAACACCAACCACGCCCCAAAAGUUCCAGAAUCGGCGCGCCAGGCUCUUCGACAUGUUCUUCCGCAGCUCCAAGAAACUGCAGGCGGGCUGCCAGAGCCAGAGUUUGCCCACUGAUGUGUAAAUGGGGGUUAUGAUAACUAUACGUUUAGGAAAGUAAACACACACUAAACUCGCUUGCUGAAGAAUUCUAAAACAGUAUUCGUAAUUUGUAAGUUUAGCAAUUAACAAAGACAACUGUUUGAAUUUGAGUUUUAAGAGCAGAUCAUGCUGUCCUAGAAGCUUCACAUGCCAAAAAACGAAACCACAAAGAAAGUCAAACUAGAAAGUUUGAGAUGCUUUAAAGUAACACAAAAACAAAACAAAACAAAACAACAAAAAAACAAAGUACCUUUUAAAAAAAUAGAACACUGUGUACAAGUCAAAUUAACAAAGUUUGAGAGUGACGGGAGCUAUAAUCUUAGGGUGGAUAUCAAACUGAAAAGUGGAACCAAGCCAAGCCAAGUUGAGAUCGUAAUCAAUGUACCUAAGCAACUUGCAUAUGAACAUUUAAUGUUUUUACUCAGAUGAAAUCACAGGAAAAUAGCAAAGACAGCACAGCUUUUUCGAACUUCCCCACUAGUUUAUUAUUUAUUGAAGCGAUUGUAAAUAUUUAUUAGACAUCCACACCGCGCAAAGCUUUAACUCCAAAAACAUUCUGGCUAAACAAGAAGAGACGCAUACAUUCAAUUCAUAAGUUAAUUAAGUCAAUGUGCAAAGCAUAUGUGUAUUCUAGCGUUUAAGUUGUAGAGCCGAGUAGUUUAAACCGAGCACCUAGUGCCGAGCAGUGCUUUUCCACUUGGCCAACUGGUGCGUAUUUCGCAGGCGUCAUUUUCAUAUUGAAAAUGCAUUUUGGCCAGUGCACAGUUGGUUUUCCAGUUGGCCAGAAUGCCAGAAUGUCAGUCAGCAGUUAGUUCGCCUUUGGUUAGCCAACGGCUAUUGGGCCAUUAAGUCAAUUUGCUUUUUAGAACACCGCGGGCAUUGCGUGCAGCUAAAUACCUCAUUAGAUUUAAUUUAAAGUGCGAGAUGGAUGGCGGCAAUAGGUCAAAGGUCGGAGUCAUCGACACGCCCCAUGCCCCAUGCAUAAUGCAUGGAAAAUGUUCGAUUGCCCCUGGCAUUUGUACCAUUUGCUUUAGUAAGCUACCGGCCAGAAAGCUUUAUACCUUAAGUUCUCCUGCUUUCAUUUCCCUUGGCUGCACAAAACCCAACAAAAGCAAAACUCACACAACAAAAAACAACCUCGAAUUUAUAUUUCUAAAGUUUAUAUUUUAUAAAGAGUGUGUGCAUAGGAAAUAUCUAUAAAUAUUCAUGCAUGUGUGUCGGACAAAGGAAAUAUUUCAAAACCAAUUAUUGUGAUGUUGAGCAAGGGGGGCAACCAAGAAUGUAAUUUCGAAAUGCAUUAAAAAUAACUUAAAACAUGUAUUAAUAGUUAUACUAUAUACAAGCUUAUGUGUGCAUGUGUGUAUACAUACUUUACUAAAUACUAAAUAGUGAUAUUUUUUCAAAUUUAUUCAACUGUCAUUCGCUAAACCAUUCGAUGUAAGCGCAAAAAGCAAAUGUAAAACAAAAACCAAUUUCAAUGUGACAAAUUAGCUUUUAAUCCGAAACGAAAAGCAACAAUUGCUGGCUGAUGCAAGUCAAAUCCGGUAUAUUCCAGCCAAGCUGCUAAUAAAUUCGAUAAUGAAACACAACCAAACCAUACCAAACAACAAAAAGAGCAAGAAACUAUUCAAAUAAAAGAUUAUGUGUCUUAAAAGAAUUAA